CUGACAGACACGCUCAUGGAGAAUGAGCGAGAGGGAGGACCGGAGCGCGAGAAAAACGUCGGAGACGCACGAGCAGACGCGACUCGACCAGGCGGGACCGACUCGAGGUCGCCCAACUUCACCGCCGAACGCGUUUGUUUUUCACGGUCGUGCGUUUGCUAAUAAAUAUUUGUGUCUGCGGUAAAGUUGGACUGGCGAUGUGCGGAGUAAUUUCGGAUACGGUGUUAAACCCUCACGCCACACACUCUGUGAGCGAGGGAUUGUAGAGCUGCUGGCCCACACGAGCCGUCCGUAUUGGCCUUGUGUGGCCUACAGUGUGCAAUAAUCACAGUAUGAAACUUUUGGACCUCGUCACGUCGCUUAGUGCUAACAGCGCCGCCAGUUGUGCCGCUCGCGCCGCACGCAACUAUGUGCACGGGAGACCUGGUAGAAAAUGAGGCUUGGACGUGAGCUACGUGCGCAUGCAGGAGUAGACGAGAUGAAAUGGAGAGUUUGGACGGCACGGACCUUUUAAGUGAAAGCUGUUCUCACGCGCCCGACGGUAUAUGCUCCACACAAGGCGAAGUCACGCGCGGCUCUGCUGAUUUGCACGCGACGAACAUGGGCUUGAACGCGCACUGCGCCCCGGCACCGGGCGCAGCUACAGCGGCAGAGCUUCUCACAGACCUCGCGUGCAAAACGCUCGGUCCGGGAGUCACAGUUCUGAAGCAGGAGUCGCUGACGGGGUUACCGCGGUGUAACGGCUGGAUGGUGUCCCCGUCAGCGACCACCGAGGGAAACUGCAGCGGCGUUUCGGCGCAGACACCAAACGGCUACAGGCAGCAUAGAGAACCGGCGGAGAUGCCAAACGGCCUCACGCGGCCAGGUAGCACGCUGGACAGCCCGGACAGGACUGCACGUGACAAAGGUGUAGCGAAGCGCGCAAGCAGCAGGCAGACGCAGCAUUCCAGAAGGUGGAACGAGGAGAAGAGAGGCACUGGUUCUGGGGUUCUGCCCGACACCUGGGCUGGAUCAGCACUGCCUCCAGAAGCAGCAGAAGGACCGGACGCCUGUCUGCCUCCGGGGGGCAAGCUAAGGCGGCUGGAGACAGACGCGACGAUAGAGAGCGGGAGUACCAGCCAGGCAGUGCCCCCCGAGGCGGAGGGCGCCCCCUAUCCUGACUCCUUACCCGGCCGGCUCCACCACAACGGGCACAAGGUCACCUGGAGCCCCCUGCCUGGGAGCGCAGCUCCGGCCGAGGCGGUUUCCAUGCCGAUCGCGGUGGGCGGAGGUGCUCGCCUGUCAGCGGAGCGCAUUGCCCAGCUCUAUAUAGUGCCUUGUAUGAAAUAUUACGGCAUCUGCGUUAAGGACAGCUUCCUGGGUCCACGCCUCGGCGAGCAGAUCUUGAAGGAGGUGGAGACCCUGAGUAACAGUGGGAAGUUCUGUGGUGGUCAGCUGGUCAGCCAGAGGAGCAUUCCAUCUAAGAACAUCCGUGGAGACCAGAUAGCUUGGGUGGAGGGCAAGGAGCCUGGAUGCAAGAGCAUCGGAAUGCUAAUGGCACACGUGGACGAGGCCAUAAUGCACAGCUCAGCAAAUGGACAGCUUGGGAAUUAUGUUGUUAACGGCCGCACCAAGGCAAUGGUGGCGUGUUACCCUGGCAACGGUGCGAGAUAUGUGCGUCACGUGGACAACCCAAAUGGAGAUGGACGCUGUAUUACUUGCAUCUACUAUCUGAAUAAGGACUGGGAUGUGAAGGUCCACGGUGGCAUGCUCCAGUUGUACCCCGAGGGCCGUAAUGUUGUGGCUAACAUCGAGCCCCUGUUUGAUCGUCUGCUCAUCUUCUGGUCCGACCGGCGGAAUCCCCAUGAGGUGAAACCUGCAUAUGCCAGGCGCUAUGCCAUCACUGUUUGGUACUUUGAUGCGAAGGAGCGGGCUGAAGCCAAGGAAAAAUAUCGGCUAGCUGUGGGACAGAAGGGAGAGGAGGUGCUAGUCACUCAAAGCAAUAAGCCCUAAAGUCCUGGAUAAGACCUAAAUAAGCCCCAAAGUCCUGGAUAGGACCUAAAUAAGCCCCAAAGUCCUGGAUAAGACCUAAAUAAGCCCCAAAGUCCUGGAUAAGACCUAAAUAAGCCCUAAAGUCCUGGAUAGGACCUAAAUAAGCCCCAUAGUCCUGGAUAAGACCUAAAUAAGCCCCAUAGUCCUGGAUAAGACCUAAAUAAGUCCUAAAGUCCUGGAUAGGACCUAAAUAAUCCCCAAAGUCCUGGAUAGGACCUAAAUAAUCCCUAAAGUCCUGGAUAGGACCUAAAUAAUCCCUAAAGUCCUGGAUAGGACCUAAAUAAACCCUAAAGUCCUGGAUAGGACCUAAAUAAGCCCUAAAGUCCUGGAUAAGACCUAAAUAAGCCCUAAAGUCCUGGAUAGGACCUAAAUAAGACCUAAAGUCCUGGAUAGGACCUAAAUAAACCCUAAAGUCCUGGAUAAAACCUAAAUAAACCCUAAAGUCCUGGAUAAAACCUAAAUAAUCCCUAAAGUCCUGGAUAGGACCUAAAUAAGCCCUAAAGUCCUGGAUAGGACCUAAAUAAGCCCUAAAGUCCUGGAGCAGCUCAGCUCACCAUGUCCUCCCCGUGCACCUGGCCAGCUGUGCUGCUCUUGCAACAGCCCUCCAUGGUGAGGCCCGAGCAGUGAGAUAAUCCCGACACAUCCUAUUGGUCACAUACUGACCUAUCACAGAUUUCAUUGGCCAUUGGAAAGCGAGAGAAAGAGAGGGGGAUGGACCCUAAGCGUACACGUCUGUUGGAUUGGCCGAUUCCGGAAGUUUCUCUCACUGCGCCGCGUUUGGAGAUGUCUAAGAGUGAACCGGGACUGGACUUUUACCUCUUUCUAUAAGAACUGUUUUGACACCGUAAGGAAUCAGCUUUUCUUUCCUUAAAUAAAGUUGCACGACCUCCUGUAGAAGGCAAAGACGUCGGUAGUCUGAGCUUGAGUUCACAUUCUCCCUGGCUGAAUGGGGAAGAGGAAGUGACAUCAUCAGGCUUGCUCUAAAACCAUAUCAUAGCCUCUUUGAGUGAGGCAGCACUGAACAGUGCUCAGCAGACUAACACGGAAACGUCAAGACACAGGAGGACUGGACAUUUCACAGUGAACGUGAGGACCUUAUGACUGCUGUUACCGAGGAGUCCGCUUGGUCGGUUUCCAUGCGCCUCCGUUUCUGCACACCCAGUGUGUGUUACAGCUACACAGCAGGAGGGUCAACACAGGGUUUGCUGAAUGUCUCCUUUUUGUGUGUGUGUGUGUGUGUGAGAGAUUGUGUGCGCGUGUGUAUGUGUGUGUUUUACAGCUACACUUUCAUGGCUUUGCCUUGCCUGUAACAAUGUUCUUUUAAACUGAACAGUCUUCUCUGAUUAGGGAGUACCAGGCUAAGAGAAGAUCAGAACAGAUACGUGCUAAUAUGCCUUUAAAAGGUCUAUCUAUGUAUCCAUGGUGAUGCACCUUUUAAAAAAAGAGAAAACAAUCUUUUUUUCCAAGGGGUCAUAAAACAACAAACUGUCUGAAAAUUACACAAAUUAGAAUGAUGUAAUUCAUAAGAUUUCUCAUCUGAGAGUACAUUCUCAUUCUGAUAGAAUUCUACUUUAUAAUCUUUGUGCCUACACUUCCCAGAAGGCAUUACAAACCCUUCUUGCUGAAUCAUACUGAAGCUUAGCAGAAUGGUAACAAACUUGCUACCCCUCGAGAUGUUGAUGUUUAUAUUUAUUCUGCAUAGCAUCCAAAAUCAGAAAACAAAGCAUGCAGAGUAAACAACAUUCUGAAGAAGGCUACUGUCUGAGUCAUGAUGGAGUCUCUCAGUUAGCUAACGAUCAGUUAAAGUCUUAGUUCCUCACCAGCAAAGCUUGUGUGUUACUGCAUUAUCACUACAAAAUCUGCUCACUCGCAUAAAUGAACAUGCAGUUACCACAGGAAGCUCUGGACUAGAUAUCCAGGCCGGUGUCUUCAUGACUGUCUCCCAUUCCGAUUUGUUUGCGUUAGAAAUUAUGAGAUUUUCUUAUAAUGUUCUCGAGAGAAGCAGAAUGUCGACGAAACCUACGUGAAGCAAUGAAAAAAACCCAAAAAACUCCUGUCUGAAUCUAGUCAGUGUCGACCUGAAUCUUUUAAAAUCAAAAUUGGAUUGCGACGGUAGACUGUGCCGCCACGUAGCGAGAUGAAGGGUGUGCAUUUUACUGCUUUCUGUGUAUAUUCGCAAAUGUCACACAAGUCAAAGCACUUUACUGUAGAAAAUGUGAUUUUGAAUCAGAGGAAAAUGCUUUGUGCUGUGUAUAACACAAUAAUUGAAACUCAAUAGACAGUUUUAAAACAAGGGAUUAAAAAAAAAGAAACAUUUGCUCAAUUUUUCCGUGUUUAAUUAAAACGUCUAUGAUUAUUGUAGA